UUGUGGCCUUCCUGGUGGCCUUUCACCAGAACAAGCAGCUGAUAGGGGAGAAGGGGCUGCUCCCCUGCAAGCUCUACCUGCAGGAUGUCAAGAAAUACUUCAAGGGGAAGGUUGGCCUGGAUGCCCUGAGCUAUGCCCCCACUCUCAUCUGGUUCCUGGACUGGUCUGCCAUGGACAGCACCCUGGACUGCCUGGCCCUGGCUGGCCUGGCAGGGGCAGCCUUUGUGCUGCUGACUGGCUGUGCCAACAUGGUCCUCAUGUUCCUGCUGUGGCUCCUCUACCUCUCCCUGGUCAACGUUGGACAGAUCUGGUAUUCCUUUGGAUGGGAAUCACAGCUCCUGGAGACAGGAUUCCUGGGAAUAUUCCUGUGCCCCCUCUGGAGCCUGUCCCGCCUGCCCCAGGGCUCUCCUCCUUCCAGGAUUGUCAUCUGGAGCUUCCGCUGGCUCAUCUUCAGGAUCAUGCUGGGCUGAUUAAAAUCCGAGGAGAUCGCUGCUGGAGAGAGUUAACUUGCAUGGAUUAUCACUACGAGACCCAGCCGGUGCCCAACCCCAUCUCGUAUUUCAUGCACCGCUCGCCCUGGUGGUUCCACCGCUUCGAGACCUUGGUCAACCACUUCAUCGAGCUGCUGGUGCCCUUCUUGCUGCUGCUGGGCCGGAGGAUGGUCAUCCUGCACGGGCUGCUGCAGAUCCUCUUCCAGCAUCACCAAGGAGAGGACAGAGGUGAUCCUUCAGGGAACAUCCAGCCUGGACCCCAAUGACCCCACAGCAGUCUGGGAGGAGUUUGAGUUCAAGUGCAAGCCUGGGGACCUGAGGAGGAGGCCCUGCCUCAUCUCCCCCUACCACUACCGCCUCGACUGGCUCAUGUGGUUUGCUGCCUUCCAGACCUACGAGCAGAACGAAUGGAUCAUCCACCUGGCUGGGAAGCUGCUGGCCCAGGAGGAGGAGACCUUGUCCCUGCUGGCCACAAACCCCUUUGCAGGCAGAGACCCUCCAAGGUGGAUCCGGGGGGAACACUUCAGGUACAAGUUCAGCCAGCCCGGGGGGAAGCACGCCCGCGAUGGGAAGUGGUGGAUCCGGAAAAGGAUCGGCCCCUACUUCCCCCCCGUCAACCUGCAGGGCCUCAGGAAGUUCUUUGAGGACAGGAAUUGGCCCUAUCCCGUGCAGGACUGAGGGAAGAGGAUGGCCAGGACAAGAGGGACCAGCUGGGAAGAUGGAGAACGGGCAGCUCCUUCCAAACAUCUCUGGUUUUUAUCCAUAUCCUUGUUCACGGCUCUUUUCCGGAAGAUUCUUCCAGAAGAUUCCCAGCCAAUUUGCCCACUUGCUCUGUGAGCUGCUUUUUCCUCACCUCAGUGGUUGAUUUCUUUUGUCAGGCUGCUCCAUUCAGGAAUUCCUCUGGAACUGGGCAAAAGGCAAGCAAAUAACCAAGACUGGUUUUGGGGGACGUGUUGGUGCUGCCAAAAGCAGCUGAAUGUGGGUUUGAAACAAAAAUGGGAAAACAAACCAGGAGGGAUCUCUGUGGUGGUGUGGGCUGUGCAGGCAGGCACAGGAAUGCCCUUUUCCAUGUUCUCUUGCACCUUUUUAACCACAUACACCAAAUGGGCACCACUGGGAACGUGUUCCUGGGAAGGAAUUAAAGAAACAAUCCUUGAACAACCAG